AAACAACGACUGUGGGGUGCAAUUGGUUUCGGUGCUACAGCAUGUUUAUCUGGAUACAUGGCAGAUCUGUGGUCACAGAACGGAGUCUAUAAAAUUUAUACACCAUCGAUUCUUAUCAUUUUUGUAUUUUCUUGUUUUGACUUAAUCUGUUGUAUAAAAUGGAAGCUGCCAUGUGAAUUAGAACGGACAACCAUACUGAAGGAUGUGUUUACACUUUUGAAGUCAAAAUCUGUCGUUAUAUUUUUCUGUUUUACUACAAUUUUCGGCGUCCUUAAUAGCAUCAUGCGUACUUUUUUAUUUUGGUACAUAGAAGAUCUCGCUAUUGCGACUGAUUAUAUGGGUCAAAUUAAAUUAAUAGAAGGUUUAAUCGUAGCGGCGCAGACUUUAUGUGAAGUAAUAUUCUGGUUUUUAUCUG